GAGCUUAGGAAGAUUAUGCAAGGGCCAGGGCAGCAUCUCUUUAAACUCCCUUUGCCCACAGGUUCAUAUGGCUCUCCUCAUCUUGCUGUUCCUGCUGCCAAGUUCCUUACAUUCCCAGCCCACUUGUGAUAUCUCUCAAGUGACCAGCUUGCGGGAAGUAAACUGUGAGAACCAGAAGCUUACGGCAUUGCCUGCAGACCUGCCAGCAGACACAGGCAUCCUCCACCUGAGCAAGAACAAACUAGGUAACUUCUCCACAGCAUCCCUGGUGCAUUUCACCAGCCUCACUCAACUGUACCUGGAGAACUGUGAGCUGACCAGCCUGCAGACCCCUGAGAAACUGCUGAAGCUGGAUACCCUGGAUUUAUCCCACAAUAACCUGCAGAGCCUGCCCUUCCUAGGACGGGCACUGCCUGCACUCACUACCCUUGACAUAUCCUUCAAUCAGUUGGGCUCACUGUCUCCUGGUGUCCUGGAAGGCCUAAGUCAACUCCAGGAGCUCUACCUGCAGAACAAUAAUCUGAAGAGUCUGCCCCCUGGGCUCUUGGUGUCUGUAACCAAUUUGAAGAAACUCAAUCUGGCCAACAACAAACUACGUGAGCUGCCCCCUGGGCUCCUAGAUGGGUUGGAAAUGCUUAACACCCUCUACCUCCAAGGGAAUUGGCUUCGUACAAUACCAAAAGGCUUCUUUGGAACCCUCCUCUUGCCUUUUGUUUUUCUCCAUGCCAACACCUGGUAUUGUGACUGUGAAAUCCUCUACCUUCGUCACUGGCUCCAGCAAAACCCCAACAAUGUCUACCUAUGGAAGAAAGAUGUGGAUGUCAGGGCCAUGACCCCUAAUGUGGCCAGUGUAAGAUGUGCCAAUCUGGGCAAUGCACCUGUCUACUCCUACCCAGGGAAGGACUGCCCUAGCAGUGGUGAUAGCAAUACCAUGGAUUAUGAUGACUAUGACAGUUUCUCUGAUGUACCUACUACAAGGGCUGUGGCCAAUUUCUCUACCAACACUGAAGCCCAUACUACCCACGGGGACCUACUCUUAGAGUCUCCUACUUCUUCAGACAGUCAAAUGCCUUCUUGGUCUCCAACCCACAAACCCACUGAGAGACAGCCCACAUCCACCCACAUCCAGAUCCCACAUUUUACCACGUUCAAACAGACCGUGAAAUCUAACACACGCCUUUAUAGUCUAAAAUUCAAUAUUAUAGCUACCAGGAUCCCAAUCACCCUAGAUCUUACCUCUACCCUGACUUCCUCAGAGCCCAGCCCUACUCCCCUGGUGCCUAUCGCUUACACCCUGGCUCCCCCAGAGCCCAGCACCAACCCAGUUCCUACUACUGCUGCCCUGACUCCCCCAGAGCCCAGCACCAACCCAGUUCCUAGUACUGCUGCCCUGACUACCCCAGAGCCCAGCACCAACCCAGUUCCUACUACUGCUGCCCUGACUACCCCAGAGCCCAGUAGCACUACCCUAACCACCCGAAAACCCAUCACCACCCCAACCAAUCCAGUGUCUACUAUCACCCCAGUGUUCACUACCACCCUGACCACCCCAGCAUCUACCCCAACUGAGACCAUUUCAGAACUACUUUUUAGCACAGAAUCCACUUUACCGCCUAUCUCAGAAUCCACCACAAGGAUCCCAGAGUUGAACAGCCUCCUAACUUUCCAAGAGCUGGUUCAAGCAAAUUCUGAUACUUCCCAAAGUGACCCUCUUCUCAGUUCUGACUUUUGCUGCCUCCUCCCCCUGGGCUUCUAUAUUCUGGGUCUCCUCUGGCUCCUAUUUGCCUCUGUGAUACUCAUUUUGCUGCUGACCUGGAUCUGGCAUGUAAAACCACAAACUCUGGACUUGAGCCAGUCCGCGGCUUUGGCCACAAGCACGCAUACCGCAAGUCUGGAGGUGCAGAGGGCGAGGCAAGUAACUGUACCCCGGGCCUGGCUGCUCUUCCUUCAAGGGUCACUCCCUACUUUCCGUUCUAGCCUUUUCCUAUGGGUAAGGCCUAAUGGGCAUGUUGGGCCUCUGGCAGCGGGACGGCGGCCCUCAGCUCUGAGUCAGGGCCGUGGUGAGGACCUAUUGGGAACAGUGGGCAUUAAGUACUCAGGCCACAGUCUGUGAAGGUGGGUACUUUGGAGAUACUGGGAAAGAUUCCAGUGGACUCUUCUGGGAACUAGCUGGGGUGGGGGAUGAGACUACCACAGGGACAUUCGAUUUACUUCUUUAUCUGAAGGCCCCUCUUUACAUUCAGACCUCAAAUCAAGGGAGAUGGUGAGGUGACAUAAUCAGGCAGUCACAGAACCAAGCUCCCCAUGUUACUUAGAGCAUUGAGAGGCCACAUGACCAUUUUGGGGAAGAGAUAGAAGAAGCAAAUAAAGGGGCUGGAGAGAUGGCUCAGCGGUUAAGAGUAUUGAUUGCUCUUCCAAGAGGACCCUGGAUCAAUUCCCAGCACCCACAUGGCAACUCACAACUGUCUGGGGACCUGACACCCUCACACAGACAUACACACAGGCAAAACACCAUUGCACAUAAAAUAAAAAAAAAAAGAAAAAGCAAAUAGAAAUGGAGCAUGGCUCCCGUAUGUUCACACAUGGAUGGAAACUCGGAGCGUCACUAAUCAAGACAGGAGCACUAUCCCAAGUAUCAUGAGCAGAUUUUCUGUUUAAUGUUUCCUUGUCUUCCCCCAGGGUUAUCCGUAUAAUAAAAAUGUUUUGAAAAA